AUGGAAAAGCAGGCAGCAGCAGCAGUAGAAGUAGUGUGAAAAUCGAGUGUGCAAAAUUUUGCAGCUUCAAAAAUUGCAGCGCCAGAAAUUGUAAAUAAUUAACAGUAAAAAACUCACCACCAAAGAAAGUUAUAAACGAAAACGCUUAACCAAAACCAAAGAUGCAUAAAUCUAAAGAAAUAUGAUACAUAGCCAAUAUGUAUAUAGAAACUAGUAAAGAUUAAUCAAGUUAAAAGCGAGGAAUAACACCGAUCCCGGCAAGCAAAUGUCCGGAUAAGGGAGCCGCUACCUGACCAAUGGAUGAAAAUGCAGCCGUCGUCGCCGUCACUUUCGCCGUCGUCACUAUCGCAUCGCUUUUGUCAGCAGCAACAGGAAAAGUCGGAAAAGCACCAGAAGCACCAACAGCAGCAGGAUCAGAAGGAGCAGUCCAAGCUGGCCGGAUUCUUGCCCUGCCACGCCCACGCCAAUCGAACGUCCUCGGUCGGUACGGCAGCGCUGCCACAGCUGGCGUCCACGCCCGCACCGGCAGCAGCGGCCUAAGUUGCCAAACCGAAAGAAUCCCACUUCGAAAUAGCCCAUCUAAGCAGCAGCAGCAACAACAACAGCAACAGAUAUUGCAACUGCAACAUAUAUUGCAACUGCAGCAGCCACAAAUAUUGCAGAUUUAACUGCAACAGAGCGAGUGCACCAGCAGCAACUGAAAUUGCAGCUGCCACAGCAACGUCAAGCACAAAGCAACAGCUACGCAUAAAGCAGCACAAAAGGGUCGCAGGAUAAACCGGAAGCGGAAGGACAGGAAGAGGGACGGGCAGCGGACACAGGCAAACAAAAUGGCGGAUGGUGGGCAUUCAUUCGUGAAGAAGACAUUUCAUAAGCCAACAUACUGUCACCACUGCUCGGAUCUGCUCUGGGGCCUCAUCCAGCAGGGAUAUAUCUGCGAAGUUUGCAACUUUAUCAUUCACGAACGAUGUGUCAGCAGCGUGGUAACGCCCUGUUCCGGCAUCGCUCCAUGUAUUAUAAAGAAUCCCGUUGCCCAUUGUUGGUCCGAGCCAACUCAUCACAAGAGAAAAUUCUGCACAGUCUGCCGUAAGCGAUUGGAUGAAACGCCAGCGGUGCAUUGUUUAGUCUGCGAAUAUUUCGCGCAUAUUGAGUGCCAAGAUUUUGCCGUGCCCGAUUGCACCGAGAAUGCCACGUAUGUGCCGGGCAAGGAGCUGCUUAAUGUGAAGCAUCAGCAUCACUGGCGAGAAGGCAAUCUUCCAUCAACGUCCAAAUGCGCUUACUGCAAGAAAACCUGUUGGUCCUCGGAAUGUCUCACUGGCUAUCGCUGCGAGUGGUGUGGCAUGACGACCCAUGCCGGAUGUCGCAUGUACCUGCCAACCGAAUGUAAUUUUGGUAUUCUACAACCUAUCUACUUACCUCCGCACUCAGUCUCGAUUCCGCGCACCGAGGUGCCCAUCGAGGCCAUUAUCGGCGUCCAGGUCAAAUCGAAGACUUCGCUCGUGCGCGACUACUCGUGUCCCAGUCCGGAUUUGAGCUGCCCGAUUCCGGGUGCCGGAUCGGGUUCACUGGCGGGUCUUGGCCUGAAGGAGCUGCUUGAGCUCCACAGGCAAAGGCGCGAGCAAUCGAAACAACAUUUUCUCCUUUCCACGCCGCCCACACCCACCUCCUGUGGCUCCAUCUCGCUCUGUCACUCACCUACGCCUUCUUCGCUGACAGUCGGCGAGACGAGCAACGAGGCGGAUCAGGAUCAGGAUCAGGAUCAGCCAGAUGAUGAGCCCGAGGAGGAGAACACGGAGCAAGACAGCGCCCUGCAGCUGACCACCUCCACGUCAAAUGUGAUUGGCAACCUGCAAAAGUCACCCUCCGCCAAUUCCUCGUUGCACUUGCUCUACACGAAUCUCUUCCGAAAACUGGGCCAGGGCAAGCGGCGGCGGAAAAGGGGCUCUGGCGGUGGCAUCUCGCCAAGCGAGGACGAGGACGAUGUGGACGGCGGUGUCUGUGAUAUAAGCGGUGGUGAUCUUAGCGAUGACUAUGACCACUGUGACGUCGCCCUGCGACGGCGAUCCCUUCGCAGCCGGCAGCCUCGAGAUGUCAGCGAGACGGACUAUCACGGGGAUGCCGAGGCGGAGGCAGAGGGUGAGACCGCGCCACGGGAAAGCUGCUACGAAACUUCAGAUACGGGUGGAGAACUGACCAACACUGACGACCUCGAUAGUAGCCUCAACCUAAUCAGCAACCUUAGCUAUAAUAGUAGUAAUAACAGCAACGCCUCCAAUGCCCCAGGAGGAGGAGCUGCACCCGCCGCUAGAAUCAUCUCCACAACCACCACUGCCCCGGGAAAGUCCGGACAUGCCUUGAGCGUCCAGGGCGGACGCCAGCAACCAAAGACUGGGGCUCUAGCCCAAAUCAAGCCCAAGCCCAAACCCAUACUCAUGCCCAAACACAAGGCGCAGGGCAAAGGCGGCUCUCUCAGCUCUCCGCUGUCCAACUCCAACUCCAGCGACUGCUCCUCGGCCUCGCCAUCAGCCCCGGCCACGCUGCUGCAGCUGUCGCCGGUGGGCAGGAGCAAGUCCUUUCAGGAGUCGGCAGCUAUAACGGCCGUCUCGCGAUACAAGAAAUACGGACGCGGCCUCUUUCAGCGUCGACGCUCGAAGAGAUCGCCCAAGAAUGCGAUCGGAGCGGGAGGCAAGAGCAAUUACAGCCUGGACAGGCUGUCACAAAAUAUCGAGAUCACCAUUCAGGACGAGGAUGGCAAUUUCCACCCGUAUGACGACAACUUCCACAUGCUAGCACGGCCAUUGGACGCUACCGAUGUGGACGAUGAUGUGGGCUUUGAAGAUCUCCUAGACGACCGACCAAGCGGGGCGAGUGAUGACCUAGCAUUUGCCGGCGAUAUCAGUGACGGCGGAGCCAGCAGUCGAUCAAGGGCCAGUGACGCCAGCGAUGGCCAUGUCCUGGGCCGAUUGCUCCGCCAGGUGCGGCAGGGACUCACCGUCGGCUGGCGUAAACCGCGCUACCAGAAGCGCAGAGCACGUAGCAUAUCCGAGGAGUUCAGCAGCGGCGAUACACCCCGUUUCAAGGACGAGGAAUCGGCCAGCAAGACCGAAUCGGGACAUGGACCCAGUAGUGGUGGUGCAGGGGGAGGCGUUAGUGGCGGAGCAGGAGGCUCAUCCGCAGCUGGAGCUUCGGCAGCGGCUGCCGGUGGUUCCUCCGGGCACUAUAGGCCUGAUUCCGGCUCUGGACAUAAGUCAGAUAAGUCGGAGAAGGAUCGCGAGAAGAAGGAGAAGGAGCGCGAGGAAAAGGAUAUAGAGAUGAUCAAGGUGUUCGAUGGCAACAACUCAUUCCGACGCCAACAGUACCGGGUGAUCAUCGUGCAGCGAACUUAUACGUUGGAGCAGCUGCUGACCACUGCGCUGCGGGCAUUCCACAUCACACGAGAUCCGCAGGCCUUCUACCUGACCGACCUGUACGCACCCGCCGGCAUGGAAGACACUCCGAUGCUGGAUCCCACGCCCGUGCUCAAUCUGACGCACCUGGAGGGCAAGCGACCGGCCAUUUACCUACGGUUCCACGACCGCGACCGUGGCCAUGUGCGCGUCUACCCCGGCAAGCUGCAGUGCUCGAUGCUGGAGGAUCCCUAUGUCAGUGUUCCUGUAGAUAAUAGCACAGUUAUUAAGGAUUUGAUACGCGAUGCCCUGGACAAGUUUGGUCUGCAGGAUAACCAGAUACAGGACUAUAGGUGCUCGGAAGUGCUGCUCGAUCGCGGCGUGACCGAACGCAUUUUGUCGUGGAACGAAAGGCCCUGGGAUAUUAUGAAGCAGCUGGGCAAGGACUCCAUUCGCCAAAUGGAGCUCAUGCGGUUCUACAUGCAGCACAAGCAGGAUCCCCACGGUCCAAAUAUCGCCCUAUUCGUGGGUAAUCUACCCACCGGUCUCUCGCAGCGCAACUACGAGCAGAUCCUCAACAAGUACGUAACCGACGAGAACAAGUUCAUCAGCAUUGGACCUAUCUAUUACGAGUACGGCUCCGUGGUGCUAACCUUCGAGGACUCCAUGAAGGCGGUUCGCGCCUUCUACAAUCUCCGCGAGACCAUCAUCGAGGACAAAAAACUACUGGUUUUGCUCCUGCCGAACAUUGAGCCAAGCAUGGUGCCCUCGGAUGUGAGGCCAUUGCUGGUCUUUGUCAAUGUCAAGUCGGGUGGCUGUCAGGGACUGGAGCUGAUCUCAAGCUUCAGGAAAUUGUUGAAUCCCUACCAAGUCUUUGAUCUGGACAAUGGUGGUCCUCUGCCUGGUUUGUACGUAUUCCGGCAAAUAACCAACUACAAGAUUCUGGUUUGCGGCGGAGAUGGCACCAUUGGAUGGGUGUUGCAGUGCUUGGACAAUGUAGGCCAGGACUCGGAGUGCUCUAGCCCACCUUGCGCCAUAGUUCCCCUAGGAACUGGCAACGAUUUGGCUCGCGUUUUGUGCUGGGGCUCCGGUUACACCGGCGGUGAAGAUCCGCUAAAUCUGCUGCGCGACGUCAUCGAGGCGGAGGAGAUACGACUGGACCGCUGGACGGUUGUCUUCCAUCCGGAGGACAAGCCCGAAGAGCCGGCCAUGAAGGCGCCCUCGCAAACAACCGGUGGUGCCCAAAACGAGGACAACUCGCAGAUCUUCGUGAUGAACAACUACUUUGGCAUUGGCAUAGAUGCGGAUCUCUGCCUGGACUUCCACAAUGCACGUGAAGAGAAUCCCAAUCAGUUCAACUCGCGUCUGCGCAACAAGGGCUACUACGUGAAGAUGGGCCUCCGCAAGAUUGUGGGUCGCAAGGCUGUCAAGGAUCUGCAGAAGGAGCUACGACUGGAGGUCGAUGGCAAGAUUGUUGAUCUGCCACCAGUCGAUGGCAUUAUCAUCUUGAAUAUUUUAAGCUGGGGCAGCGGUGCCAAUCCCUGGGGUCCCGACAAGGACGACCAGUUCUCUACGCCCAACCACUACGAUGGAAUGCUGGAGGUGGUCGGUGUUACUGGCGUGGUCCACUUGGGUCAAAUCCAAUCCGGAAUUCGUACAGCUAUGCGCAUAGCUCAGGGUGGUCACAUCAAGAUACACUUGAAUACUGAUAUGCCCGUACAGGUGGAUGGUGAACCCUGGAUCCAGAGUCCCGGCGAUGUCGUUGUCCUUAAGUCAGCCCUUAAGGCCACCAUGUUGAAAAAGAACAAGCUGAAAAUGAAACGAAGGAAUACGGAACCAACGAUGAUGGUGGCCGGCUCGGCCGCUCCCCCGCUGUCCUUGGCCCUGCCGCCCAGUGUGGGUGAGGUGGGCGUGGCUGGGGAGGGAGCCGAGGGCGACGGCGGUACGAACAACACGGAUUUCUGAAUAUGGUACAGCGAGCGUCUGAUUUAACGUGCUAAUUCCAGCGCAGAACCAAACAGCACCCAACACCCAACAGACACCCACCCACGAUAAGCCCACCCGAUCCUCCCCACCCAACAGCAGCAGCAGAAAAUGAAGCAAAAGGAGCAGGAGCAGAAGCCAGAAGCCACUAGCCAUCUCAGCAGUCCAUAGAAAACACUAAACACCAAAACCAAAGAGCAGGCAACUCAAAAAUCAAAAGCUGUAAUCAAAAUUACUUGUAUAAAAGAGUCCAGUCCACAAUAUUAGAUCGAUCGAUCGAUUAGUUGAUCAGUUUACCAGCUCAGCUAAAAACCCGGCCGCCUUUCCACGUCUGAAAUAAGUACGUUAAACUCAAACAGCUCGAACACCAACUCUGUCCGCCCGCCAGUGUUAGAAGACUCUAGAAAGCUUCAAAAUGCGUAACGGGCAGGCAGAAAACUAACCUAAUUCAAAUGUUAAAACAAAAACAAAAAACAAUAGAGGGUAUUGUAGUGUAAAGAAGUGAUUUAAUUCCAUAAAAAACACUCAGCAAUAGUCUGGCCAAGUUGUAUCAAAUUCAAGUUCAAUUAUGUUCCUUCUCGUUUUGUUCCUAUGUAAGCAACAGCAGAAACCGAUUAGUGAUACCGUUAAACAGAGAGAAGCGCAAGCAGUAGUAAAAACAACAAACAGGGAGAAUGAAACAAAAAAACCAAAAACACAAAAAACAAAGAAAAGAAACGUAAAGCUAAAGCUAGAAAAACCCAAGAAACAAAACAAAAAGUACAAAAUUGUUGAAAAUUGUUUGUUAUUACUAAAUGAAAUUGCGUAAAAACCAACUAAGCAAACCCAAAUUACGACAAAAGAAGAAGAAAGAGAAAAGCUAUUACCAACUAGUUAAUCAAUGUUGUGUUCCAGUGGACCCAGUGUUCCUGCGAAUCAACAAAGAAGAAAAGAAAACACCCAGCCAGGUCAAGAAUUAAGCGUACAGCAGAUGCGGGAAAAUUUAUACGAAACUUUUUUUAAAAUGUUACGGAUCGAUUCGAUAAUGAAACUUUGGAGUGCGGAAAAAGCUGCAAAUUGCAUAGUUGGCUAUAACUACUAAUUGGGACGAACAAAUUGGAAACCACAGGCGGGCCUAGCUUGACCUGUGUGCGCCAUUGAAUUAAAAUGGAAAACUAACCUUUGGAUUGUGCAAUUGGUAUGAAUUUUCUCCGCUGCUGUGCGUCAAAGAAGAAAAUAUAAGUGAAACCACGAGAAAUAGGAAAAUGCAUUUUCGAGCGUAGGCAACGGCAUCGCAAGUAUUUCACCUGCAUUUGUCUAAAACAAGAAACAAAAAAAAAAAGAAAAAACAACUUAUUUUGGAUGUCAAAUCCUAGAGGAAUGAGAGGAAAGAGGAGGAGAUACAAAAUCCGAAAACUACAAUUUCAACUUUAAAGCGCUUAUAAAGAAAACAAUUUUUGAAAGUUUUAUAACAUUAAUUUUACAUUACGUCUUAUGUGAACGACACGCCACACCACACUACAAGGUAAUAGUAUGCUAUUACUAGUGCCCGUACCAGGAACAGUUGAGGAUCGAGGGUCAGGGAAGGAUCGAGUGCGGAUCCCUUGCCCUAGCGGCUAUUCGCCUGCGCACUUGGUCCAUCCCUGGCACACUACACAAAGUGACGACGUGGCCCAGUUGGGUGCGAGAAUAGCCGGAUCCGGUUAAAUGCCCGGAUAAAACCAUUAAGAGCGGGGCGCACUCGGCUGUUGGUCCGCCGCCCACACAAGGUCACACGACGGGACACACGACCACAAACAGACCAGAGUUUUUCCCGGAAGCUGUCAGACACGCACUGCCAUGGAAAGGUCACGGAAAUCGCUUGGCAGUGUUCACCAAAAUCCAAAUCCAAGCCCUCUCUGCUGGCCCCGCCAACGGAUCCGGAUACGGAUUUGCUGGUGGGGUGUGUGGCAGGGCGGGAGUUUGAGCUUAACACACAUACACCAAACAGAACACCACCCUUUGCGUUCGGCAAAUCACCUCCGGCUGCGAUUAAGGGGCUCAGUGCCAGGGGUUAAUCGGAGCACACUCGACCGAUUUCCGUGACAUACGUCUCUGCCAUUUAUGGCAGAGAUCGGAGGACACGCCCGGCGCAACCAGCCGUUGGCUAUGCAAUGGAUUGAACGAAACAUGCGCCAGAGCCAAUUUUUAUAUUUGACCAUUAAAACCUAUGAUUUUGCUUUACAAUUCGACCUACUAUCAUCCCAAAUUGCGUAGCCAUCGGCGUCCUUGGCGACGUGGCGUCGUCAUCCGGCCCAUCCUCCAGGAUGCCAAAUCCAAAAUUGGCAUUAGCUGGAUCGAUUAGCCCCCAGCAAAUUGAAUCGCAGCCCGCAGGAGAUUUGGUUUUAAUCGCCUCAUUUCGUACAAAGAAAAACCGCAACAAAAAAACACUGCACAUCGUUUUUUACACCCUUGCGUUAUGUUUUUUGAAUGUAUUUAAAAAAAAAAAAAAAUAAAUGAAAAACAAAAUAUGAAAACACACAAAACACAGAAAGAAAACAAAAAAUAGGAUGUAAGUUUAAAUAAUAUGCUAUUCAAAGAAAUCCAAAACAUGAUUACCCAUAAAACAAAAAAAAAAAAAAAACUAAAAAUACUAAUUAUAGUACAUACAUUGAUGUAGUGUUAAUUGUAAGAACCCAGAAAUUGUUUCAUGAAUGCCAGAAAAACAGAAAAUACCGAAAACCAAACUCCAAGCAGUCGUAGAUGCAGAUACAGUAUCGAUGAGAUUCAGCUGCGAAAAGCCCGUAAAUGUACAAGUAACUAUUUUUCUCUAUACCAAAAAAAAGUAAAUCUCCACCAUUUUUGCUCCACAUUUAAGAAACAAAACUCGGUGCAGGCAAAGAUUGAAUUUAGACGCAAAAAAUACAGCGAUCAGGGGCUAUAAAAUGCCAAGCGAUCAAGAAAUUUUUAAUUGAAUUGUAACAGACUACGCAAGCAAAUACGGAAUUUAAUAUUAAAUGUACAAUAGCGUCGCUUUAAAGUCUAUAAGAACAUUUUGUUGCAAUGCAAACGUGAAAUCCAAACCCAAAUCCGUUUGACAUUACGACAGAUUCGAAUGACAUCAACAACAAGAAAAACACACACAACACAGAAGAUAACUGCAAAAUAAAUGUAACUGACAUAA